GGUAAUCUCCCCACCAUAUCUUUGGCAUGAAAAGGCUGAUACAGCGACGUCUGUGUUACUUACAUGUUCUCAAUUUCAGCUCGGGAUAGCCUAACACUGAACAACAUCAACACCAACAGCAACGCAAACACCAUCAACAAUCAACAGCAACGCAAACACCAUCGACAAUCAACAGCAACGAAAACACCAUCAACAAUCAACAGCAACGAAAACACCAUCAACACUACCUCAAACACCAUUAACACCACCUCAAACACCAUGUCUGAGAAUCAGAAAUUACAAGAGGAUUUUUUAACAUGUUCCAUUUGCUUGGAGAUUUUUCAAGAACCGAAAACUCUGAGCUGUUUACACAGGUAAGAUGAUUUAUUAGAUGUUUACUGAGCUCUUUACAUAGGUGAGAUAUUAAUUAGAUGUUUACUAAGCUGUUUACAUAGAUGAGAUGAUUUAUUAGAUAUUUACUGAGCUGUUUACAUAGGUGAGAUGAUUCAUUAGAUGUUUGCUGAGCUGUUGACAUAGGUGAGAUGAUUUAUUUUAUUUUUACUGUUAAUUGCUCAAGUUUUAGUGGGGGAUCAUUGCUCAGUUUUUAAAAGAAUAUCAUUUCCUAACCUGAAAAUAUUUCCAUUAAUGUGUCUUGUCACUACAAACUUAAUUAAUUCCUUUCUUACAGUGGCCAAUCUUUUUAACGCUCCUUUCCAAGGAAAAAAAAAAGAACCCAAUUCUGCAUCUGGCCGAAAAUGACUCUCCUGAAUAUGAGGAAAUAAGUGCCGCUCGGGGCGGACCAGCCCCCCCCCUCCCCCCAAACCCAUUUCCUUGACCACUGCUUCUUCCUCUUAUUUUCUGUCUUGCUUUGUAAAUCAUCUAUCUGUAAUGCAAUAGCCCCAGUUCUAAAUGGUUUGUCAUUUUGUAAAGUGGUUGUCAUGUUUCAAUGUGGUUGUCUCACUGUCAUUUGGUAUUCAGAUUUUAAUGUUGUUGUCAUCUUGUAACGUGGCUGUCAUGCACACGUUAUCAUCUCUAUCAUGAUCAUAAUCAGGUUACUAUCAUGAGGAUGGCCGUAACCUAUUAACCUAAUUUAAACUUGGAUACUGUGAUAAAUUCUCUAGGCGUGUUGUUCGUGGAAGUGCUAUAUCGCAUUCUUACCCCAUUGUAUGUGAACUGUAUCACAUAAGCAGGGACAAAACUUCCUAUUGAUGACUGAUUGUAACACCCACGCCGACUGAUUGUAGCACCCACGCCGAUUGAUUAUAACACCCAUGCCGACUGAUUGUAACACCCACGCCGACUGAUUGUAGCAUCCACGCCGAUUGAUUGUAACACCCAUGCCGACUGAUUGUAACACCCACGCCGAUUGAUUGUAGCACCCACGCCGAUUGAUUGUAGCACCCACGCCGAUUGAUUGUAGCACCCACGCCGACUGAUUGUAGCACCCACGCCGACUGAUUGUAGCACCCACGCCGACUGAUUGUAGCACCCCCGCCGACUGAUUGUAACACCCACGCCGACUGAUUGGAGCACCCACGCCGAUUGAUUGUAGCACCCACGCCGAUUGAUUGUAACACCCACGCCGACUGAUUGUAACACCCACGCCGACUGAUUGUAACACCCACGCCGACUGAUUGUAACACCCACGCCGACUGAUUGUAACACCCACGCCGACUGAUUGUAACACCCACGCCGACUGAUUGUAACACCCACGCCGACUGAUUGUAACACCCACGCCGACUGAUUGUAACACCCACGCCGACUGAUUGUAACACCCACGCCGACUGAUUGUAACACCCACGCCGACUGAUUGUAACACCCACGCCGACUGAUUGUAACACCCACGCCGACUGAUUGUAACACCCACGCCGACUGAUUGUAACACCCACGCCGACUGAUUGUAACACCCACGCCGAUUGAUUGUAACACCCACGCCGACUGAUUGUCACACCCACGCCGACUGAUUGUAACACCCACGCCGACUGAUUGUAACACCCACGCCGACUGAUUGUAACACCCACGCCGACUGAUUGUAACACCCACGCCGACUGAUUGUAACACCCACGCCGAUUGAUUGUAACACCCACGCCGAUUGAUUGUAGCACCCACGCCGACUGAUUGUAGCACCCACGCCGACUGAUUGUAACACCCACGCCGACUGAUUGUAACACCCACGCCGACUGAUUGUAACACCCACGCCGAUUGAUUGUAACACCCACGCCGACUGAUUGUAACACCCACGCCGACUGAUUGUAACACCCACGCCGACUGAUUGUAACACCCACGCCGACUGAUUGUAACACUCACCCUAAAUUAAGCGAUAACGUCGCACAUAAUGUCUUUAAACAAAAAACUGAACAAAACGGUUCAUUGUUUUGUUUGUUUUUUAUGGACCAUUUCUUUCAAACAUUUCAACCGUGUUAAAGAACCAGUAGCGUAGUAGGGGUACAACAAAAUUUAAAAAAAAUAAAUAAAUAAUUAUUAAUUAGUAACACGGAAUACAGUGGCCAAAACUGUUUGACUGCAGUUGACCAUCCUGGCUCUGUUGGCCAGCGUUGUCCAAUCUGAAACCCAUACAUAAAUGUACCUAUAACCUUCAACACUCGGCAAACAACGGAGAUGGCACUGAUGUUACGAUUAAUGGAUGUUGGUCGCAGACUUUGUAGGAACGAAUGCAGCAUCUUCUAGGAGAACACGUGUGUUAUUCCAAUUUAUUUAAACACUUACUGGUCGGUCGUUACUGGUCGGUCGCUACUGGUCGGUCGACCAGACUUCCUCUUAAGUUGACACUGUUAACACUUUCAGAACUGUGAAAUUUCGUAACAAUAGGCAGCAAUAAUAAUAAUAAUAAUAAUAAUAAUAAUAAUAAUAAGGGGUCUUAUAUAGCGCUACCCCAGCCUAUAACAAUGUUACUUGGUGCCAUCUUAUUAAAUCUCUCUCGGCAGUGCUCUAUCACCUAUUUUCAAACACGAUUCCAAAAUGACGACCACUUAAGCACUAAUAAAAACAAUGUACACCUACUGGAAACGUUUGACGGUUGGAGCAAUACAUCGUUCAAGAUGCAGUGGUUUCAGUAAUGUAAGUUUUGGCGCAAUAUUGCAUAUAACUUUUCUGUAUCUGUCAUCAGGUUUUGUGAACAAUGCCUCCAAGACCACAUUCAAAAUCAAACAGAACCGACCCGUAAGGGGUUCAAGUGUCCAGUGUGCAGGCAGUUCAUCAUGAGCCCAAAUCCAAAAGCCCCGCCGUCGGAAUGGGCCUCUCUGCUGAAGACGGACUUUUUUCUUAAAGAGUUGAUGAAAUGUAAUGCCAUUAAGCCUGGCGCGGCCAGCACUUCCACCAGCAGACGUGAAACUACUUUACGUCAUCCGUGUGACGUGCACGCUGGCAACGAGCGAGACUUGUACUGCACUGAGUGCAACACUGCAAUCUGUCACCUCUGUUCAGGCAUCUCACACAGAGGAUGUGGCCAAGUAAUGACGAUAGAGGAAGCCGCGCAAGGCCGCCGAGCCGCGACUGAGAUUUUAAUAGCAAACCUGUUGGAGAGUUGUAAUAGAUCCUCAAGUCUCAAAGAAUUUAAUCGAAAGGCGAUGGAUGAUUUCAGCAAACGAAAAUCUGCUGUAGAACAGGCCAUCCGGAAACGAGUAAAUCAUUUGGACAAAAUGUUAAAACAGGAAGAAAGGAGACUGCUUGAGAACCUUGACCAUGAUUUCAAGCAUGAAAAAAAUAGAAUUGCAACGCGAAGUAGACAGUAUGAUCUAAAAAUAGAACAACUUAUAAAUAACAUUGACAGCUUCGUGUCCAGGGUCGGUGCAUCAUCUGACUUCGAGAUUUUGACCGAUCCUACACUUUUAGGCGCCAUGAAUGACAAUGAAGAUGUCAUUAGAGGCUAUGAAAGUUUUGUCUCAAGACUCUCCAAUAUUCAUAUUGGUUUUGAGGCCACGUCCAUUUCUUCCUUAAGUGUAGGGGAAGUUGAGAUCACGCUAUACCAUGAAACAUCUGAGAUCCCACCAGCAUGUAUGAAUCUACCAACUAACAAAAGUGACCAGACCCCGCCUAGCGCAACACAUUUGAAAAACACCGAGAGUUCAGAUUUGAGGGGUAAUGCAACAAUCAUGGCCUUGAACUCUCCGAAGACACUUCCUGCCAAAUCAAGACCCGCAUCAAGGUCUGAUGCUUCGGAAGAUCAGAUUUGGAAUCUAACUGGGCAUCAUACUAGUAGAGAUGACACCGACAUGACCCACAGGUCAACUACCAGUGCCGCUGCAAGUUGUGUGCAAGACGCGUGCCCUGAAACAGACGCCGUCACAAGCUCGGCACGGCAACCCAGCGCCACUACGCGUGCUUCAGCGUCUGUUAUCUUUAAGCUAAGAAUUAACGAUACCCUGUUUGAAGAUGAUCAAACGAUGCCUAAACUGCGUGGGGUCAUAGUGACAUAUCCGGAUAAUAUCAUCAUUGCAACAGAUUGGGCCAACCAGAAAAUUAAGGCGUUCCAUUUGAUUAAAGAAAAAGAUCAUGGACUUUUGCUUCCUGGAAAGCCAUGGGCCGUGACCCAGGUGAGAGAGAACCUGAUCGCGGUUAGUCUACCCUUAUCGCAGAAGAUCGGAUUUUACAAGGUAGGGAGUAAAAAGAUUUAAAAGUAAAAGAUUUAACUUGCAACAAAACACCAAGCUUACUAAAGGGGAUGUAACAAGCUAGCCUUAAGGAGAUGCAAUAAACAAACUUUCUGUGAGAUGCAGCAAGAGAAAUUUCAGGGAUGUAACAAGCUUACUCUUAGGGGAUGUAACAAGCUUACUUUCAGGGGAUGUAACAAGCUUAGUUUAAGGGGAUAUAACAAGCUUAUUUUUAGGGGAUGUAACAAGCUUACUUUAAAGGGAUGUAACAAGCUUACAUUCAGGGUGAUGCAACAAACUUACAUUCAGGGUGAUGCAACAAACUUACAUUCAGGGUGAUGCAACAAACUUACAUUCAGGGUGAUGCAACGAGAUUACAUUCAGGGUGAUGCAACAAACUUACAUUCAGGGUGAUGCAACAAACUUACAUCCAGGGUGAUGCAACAAACUUACAUUCAGGGUGAUGCAACAACUUUCAUUCAGGGGUAUGCAACAAACUUACAUUCAGGGUGAUGCAACGAGAUUACAUUCAGGGUGAUGCAACAAACUUACAUUCAGGGUGAUGCAACAAACUUACAUCCAGGGUGAUGCAACAAACUUACAAUCAGGGGGAUGCAACAAAGUUACAUUCAGGGGUAUGCAACAAACUUACAUUCAGGGGGAUGCAACAAACUUACAAUCAGGGGUAUGCAACAAACUUACAUUCAGGGGGAUGCAACAAAGUUACAUUCAGGGGGAUGCAACAAAGUUACAUUCAGGGGGAUGCAACAAACUUACAAUCAGGGGUAUGCAACAAACUUACAUUCAGGGGGAUGCAACAAAGUUACAUUCAGGGGGAUGCAACAAACUUACAAUCAGGGGUAUGCAACAAACUUACAUUCAGGGGGAUGCAACAAACUUACAUUCAGGGGUAUGCAACAAACUUACAAUCAGGGGUGUGUAACAAACUUACAUUCAGGGGGAUGCAACAAAGUUACAUUCAGGAUGAUGCAACAAGAGAAUGGAUAAUCAAACAGUGAAAGACAAAAAUAUAGAUAGAAAAGAAAAUCAAUAGAAAAUAUGCAUACGAAAACUUUGACCAAAGGGAUAGAUGGACAACGGAAUUAAAGUUUUUUAUCCUAUCAUCUUAAGCCUUAGCCCGUGAAUGAGGUCUUCAUGAGUAAUUUGAUCUCAUUGGGCCAAUCAAGCACCCUUGAUCUACGUGUGAUCUAUAUAUGAUGUGUAUAUGAUCUAUGUGUGUUAUCUAUGUGUUAUCUGCUUGUCAUCUAUUCGUGAUGUGUAUGUGAUCUAUGUGUGUUAUCUAUGUGUUAUCUGCUUGUCAUCUAUUCGUGAUGUGUAUGUGAUCUAUGUGUGUUAUCUAUGUGUUAUCUGCUUGUCAUCUAUUCGUGAUGUGUAUGUGAUCUAUGUGUGUUAUCUAUGUGUUAUCUGCUUGUCAUCUAUUCGUGAUGUGUAUGUGAUCUAUGUGUGUUAUCUAUGUGUUAUCUGCUUGUCAUCUAUUCGUGAUGUGUAUGUGAUCUAUGUGUGUUAUCUAUGUGUUAUCUGCUUGUCAUCUAUUCGUGAUGUGUAUGUGAUCUAUGUGUGUUAUCUAUGUGUUAUCUGCUUGUCAUCUAUUCGUGAUGUGUAUGUGAUCUAUGUGUGUUAUCUAUGUGUUAUCUGCUUGUCAUCUAUUCGUGAUGUGUAUGUGAUCUAUGUGUGUUAUCUAUGUGUUAUCUGCUUGUCAUCUAUUCGUGAUGUGUAUAUGAUCUAUGUGUGUUAUCUAUGUGUUAUCUGCUUGUCAUCUAUUCGUGAUGUGUAUGUGAUCUUUGUUCGAACUACGUGUGAUCGAUGUCUUUUUUCUUUGUUCGCGUGUUGAGACGACCCCCAAGCUCAUGGCUUUGACGACGUUCGCCACAUCAAGGAAAUAUACUGGCCUGGCCGCACUGGACAGGUCUGUGUUAGUGGCCAGCGGUGGUAGUAAUUCACCCAGCGUGGACUUAAUUAAUUUAAGAGGAAAGGUGAGAUUGAUUUAGAUUUGUUUUAUUUUAGUCUCUAAAUGGAAUGCUAUGGAUUGAAAGUCAAGAUGUUCCCAUGAAGUUUGGAAACUUGUAGAAAUCAUUUUGGUUUCAAUAUUCUUAAAGCGAAGUAAAACGUGAAGUUUAAUAUGACACAAUAUGUGGGAAAACUACGAUUAAUGCGGCCCACAAGAGCUUCAGGAAACUGGAAUAAUGUUUUACUAGCUCCAAUCGUAGCGAGUAAAUGCUUCUCAGAUGUUAUAUGUUAAUUAUCAUCUUAUUGUAAUUAACUAGCCAAAGUACCCGGCGUUGCCCGAGAUUGCUUUCCGAAAAAAAAAGAAAGAAAACAUAUAUUGCCUUUUAGCUAACAUUUAAAGGCCAUGUAAAAACACGCCUCUAAAGAAAUUAAAUGUAUCUCGUUUCCGAUAGAUCCAAUUCUCUAAUGGGAUUCCGUUCCCUGUGGGAUCCAGUUUUCGAUGGGAUUUAUUUUCCUCCUUAUUUUCCCGUUCCCUGAUUGUAACUCGUUCCUUGAUGGUAUCAGAUUCCCAGGUGGGAUCUCGUUCCCAGUAGGCAAACUUUUCCAAUCUAGAACGUCGGGGGAAUGUCAGAUAAAAUGUCAGCACGUGUUACAAAAUUCAUUAGUGACAUAAGUAAAUAAAACAAUGGCGGGGGGGGGGGUAAGAGUUAGAUGCCAUGUCUUUACACCACGCAGGGUGAAUGAAAAAAAAAGCUCACCACACAGGCUACAAUACAAUGGUUUAACUUAUCUAUAGCUCUUUUAGGCUUUUAUAUUGAAAAAAAAUGGAGAAAGGGGCCACGAAAGGAAUACACUUUAAAGCUCUAAUCCUAUUAAUUUUUCCUUUUAGAUAAUGAAGGACAAGAAAGCCAAAGUUUGGUCCCGAUCCAUUUAGUCAUGUAGAAAAGAUGCACACAAAAAAUAUUAAAAAUUCACAUUUAAAUAUCCUUUCGUAACAUAUCAACUAUAAUUGCAUAUUAAAUAUGUUAUUUCGUCUGUCGAGAUCGAUGAAGAACACUUCAAUCGUCGAAUUCCUUCUAUUUCUGAUUCCGUCAAUGAGUACGCAGAUGGCUGAUGGGACCAAUUCUGGCAUGAAACGUUUUUGUGCAUUAUGUGCAAAGGAUGAUUUUUCCCCAAAAUUUUACAAUUUAAAUUAAAUAUAUGUAAUUAUUUGAUGCUAUUUUAAAAAUAUAAUCAAUUGUGUUUAAUUUUCAUCUAUAGAAUUAUCUAGUAAUUUUCCCCAUGUUAUACUAAUUAAUGAUGUUCAGUUUAAAAACACAUUUGGUCAAUGUAUGAUCUUGAGCUCUCGUUCCCUACAAAAAUUAUCACGCGGCCCGCCAAGACGAAAAUAAUUUUGAUGCGGCCCUUAGAUCAAAAAAAUUUGAUCAGUUUAAAGUCUUAAACUGUAAUCUAUGAUAUCUCCCAUGGAGACCACACAAUGACCGACUUCUUGAUCAAAUUGAUCAGUUUAAAGUCUUAAACUGUAAUCUAUGAUAUCUCCCAUGGAGACCACACAAUGACCGACUUCUUGAUCAAAUUUUAAUCCAGGAUAUUACACCUUAUAAUUUGAGUGGACUCAACGGUAUCCCAAAUGGUAAAUAUCGAAACGGCCAAAACAUUUUGUUUUUAUUGUCCGACUUCUUCUGCAGGUGAUCAAACGAUUUGUUCUCGUCUCCGAUGGGUUCCCAUUGCUAGCGUACCCGGCUUACCUGUGCGUUGCGCCGUCGGCAAUGAUCGUUGUCUCCGACAGAGAACUUGGGUUUGUGACUGGCUUUUCGCUGGACGGUGAGUUAAGACAACGUAGUGUAGACCAUAGAUGUACUAUAGUAUGGAUCUAUACAUGUAGUUUGUUAUCGAGGCUGCAUUGGCCCUCUCCGUAACACAUUAGAAGAAAAAAUAGCCUUUGGGUUUUUGUUUUUGUUUGUUUUUGUUUGUUGGUUUUUUUUUAAACGCGGGGGGGGGGGAUGUAAGAAUGGGGGGUAAAAAUUAAGAUGAUGAUACACUUGAGUGGUAAGGCCGAAUUUCAAUUCAAGCUAACUGUCCGUAAAGUAAGCAUUGGCCCUCUCCGUAACACAUUAGAAGAAAAAAUAGCCUUUGGGUUUUUGUUUUUGUUUGUUUUUGUUUGUUGGUUUUUUUUUAAACGCGGGGGGGGGGGGAUGUAAGAAUUGGGGGUAAAAAUUAAGAUGAUGAUACACUUGAGUGGUAAGGCCGAAUUUCAAUUCAAGCUAACUGUCCGUAAAGUAGUAGCAGGAUUGUCAAGCAUCUCUAUAUCUACAUUUGAAGAUGACUCAGGUGUUUUGCAAACUCGACUCCUUUCUAUGAUGAGGCCAAGAAGUGGAACUAGGAGUAUAAACGCAUGAAAAUUCAGGGCAGAGCUAAUCCCGAAGAAGCCAAAGACAUUCAACGUCUAAAGGGAAGGGUAAACCAGGGGAGUUAAGGGAGAUUUGCCUCCGCCAGCUUCUGAAUAUCCAAAUAACAAAAUUGAUAUGAGAAGGGAAACCACCCCAAAAACUCCUAUGUUUGUUGCAUUGUGACCAAAAAACUCCUAUGUUUGUUGCAUUGUGACCAAAAAACUCCUAUGUUUGUUGCAUUGUGACCAAAAAACUCCUAUGUUUGUUGCAUUGUGACCAAAAAAGUCCUAUGUUUGUUGCAUUGUGACCAAAAAACUCCUAUGUUUGUUGCAUUGUGACCAAAAAACUCCUAUGUUUGUUGCAUUGUGACCAAAAAAGUCCUAUGUUUGUUGCAUUGUGACCAAAAAACUCCUAUGUUUGUUGCAUUGUGACCAAAAAACUCCUAUGUUUGUUGCAUUGUGACCAAAAAACUCCUAUGUUUGUUGCAUUGUGACCAAAAAUCAAAAGGCGUGUGAUUUUUUAGGCGGAAAAAAAAAUCGUUUUCUUGUCAACGACGGGAGUUGAGUCAAUUGUGCUUCAAUGCCACAUUGGAAUUCAGAUCUAGAAUUGCUCAGAUUUUCUGGAUUAUGCUAAGUAAUGAACUCCAAACCAAAAUUUGAACACAUUUCUUUAUCUUCACAGCCAUCCAACUUCCCACUCACUUAAUAAAUUAUUAUAAUAAAAACUGAAAAAAUACUCAUUGGCCAACUGAAACAUAUUUUUUGAAGAUCAAUUAAUUUGAUUUGUUUUAAAAACUGAAGAAUUAUUGAGCUGUUCACGAAAAUUUAAUUGUUUGUUAUCAAUAUCAUUAAUGAAAGGUAAACAAUGUUCUAAACAAAUUUAAACUGUAAAUUUGUGCACUACUAAUAUUCAUAGUAAACUCAGAAAAUGAAUACCAAUACCAUGACCCACAAAAAUAACCUAGGUUCAGGGAAAGGAGGCUGGCUAAUAUUUAAAUAACCUGCAAUCAUUUGUCCCAAUGUUGUACUGUGUUCAAUUCUGUGUUCAUUUCAUGUUGAAAUCUAAAUCGUAGUUUAUUCUUUUAAAAUUGUAUUUUAUUUUUACUGCUUAAGUUGUAUUGGUAAUAAGGGGAGAGACUGCAAUCAGGUUAGUACAAAAUAAAAUGAGUAAAACACGUUCGCUGUUUUGUUGCGUUUAUUUUUUCAGGUUUAACCAUACUCUGUUUUACUCAUUUUAUUAAGUUGUAUUGCUCUAUAAUUCAUGAUGUUAUAUGUCCUAUAUUUAAUGACAUUUUAUGUUCUAUAAUUCAUGAUGUUAUAUGCUUUAUAAUUCAUAAUGUUACAUGUUUUAUAAUUCAUUAUAUUAUAUGUUCUAUAAUUCAUGAUGUGAUAUGUUUUAUAAUUCAUGAUGGUAUAUCUUCUAUAAUUUAUGAUGUGAUGUGCUCUAUAAUUCAUAAUGUUAUAUGUUUUAUAAUUCAUUAUAUUAUAUAUUUUAUAAUUAAUGAUGUUAUAUUUUUUUAAACUCAUAAUAUUACAUGCUCUAUAAUUUAUGAUGUUAUUUUUUCUUUAUUUCUUUAUGUUAUGUUUUAUAAUUCAUGAUGUUAUAUGUUUUAUAAUUCAUGAUGUUAUGUGAUCUAUAAUUGGUAUUUGCUACUUUCAGCUUAUUUUCUAAAUAUCAAUUUUUGAGCUCUUCAUUCGUUCUAUUAGCUCACCUGCAAACAUUCCUCUAAAAAAAAUCAUGUCAAAUUUAAACAAAUAUUUUAUAGUCCAGACGAAAUGAAGUUCAGAGUCAGUAAUCACGGUCAAAUCAAACAGAUCUUCUAUUUUUCAGGUGUCAUCAAGUUCCGAUUCAGUCUUUACGGAUCGCAGAAUCUACAAGAACCCAACGGCGUGGCCUGUGACUCGUCAGGGAGAAUCCUAGUGUCCGACUCACGGGGUCUCAUACGCUUGAGCCCAGAGGGUCAGUUUGAGAAGAUUUUGGUGGGGCCGCAAGACGACACCUUAACACAGCCGUGGGGGGUGGCAGUGAAUGAUUGUGGAUUGAUGUAUGUGACCAGCAGUGACCAUGAACUUGUCGUGUUAGUCAAUAAUUGACAUGUUUGCUUUUACGGGGUGCCAAAAUGUUUGCUUUUUAUGGGGUGCCAAGAUGUUUGCUUUAACGGGGUGCCAAGAUGUUUGCUUUUACGGAGCACUAACAUGUGACAUCUUCUAGACCUCUUUCCGGUUGAAGUCUGAAAAUUGAUUUGCUAAACCGGUUGUCCGGUAAAUUGACCAGUUUGCAAUGUUACGUGGUCUGAAACAAAGUGAAGUUACACAAUUAUAAGCCAUGUGUAUUGAAUGUUUUUCUGUAAUAUUUACCAACGAUAUGUUUUGAUCAUUUUGCGAUGGUGCUGACACUGACUGAUACUAAUUGACACUGACUGAUACUAAUUGACACUGACUGAUACUAAUUGACACUGACUGAUACUAAUUGACACUGACUGAUACUAAUUGACACUGAAUGAUACUAACUGACACUGAAUGAUACUAAUUGACACUGACUGAUACUAAUUGACACUGAAUGAUACUAAUUGACACUGAAUGAUAUUAAUUGACACUGAAUGAUACUAAUUGACACUGAAUGAUACUAAUUGACACUGAAUGAUACUAAUUGACACUGAAUGAUACUAAUUAACACUGUCAUUAGAUGUCUUAUCGAAAUGAAUAAUUUUCAAAAACAUAAGAUUUCUGAUAAUGCACAGAUAUACUAUUUCUUUAAGUUAUCGAUUUCUGCAUCUAGAAUUUUUCAUGAUUUACACAAUUAUUUUGCUUUUGUUUUCUCGUAUUACGCUAACCAGUAGUAGUGGCACACUAGGUUAACCAGUAGUAGUGGCGCAGUAGGCUAACCAGUAGUAGUGGCGCAGUACGCUAACCAGUAGUAGUGGCGCAGUUCGCUAACCAGUAGUAGUGGCGCAGUACGCUAACCAGUAGUAGUGGCGCAGUACGCUAACCAGUAGUAGUGGCGCAGUACGCUAACCAGUAGUCGUGGCGCAGUACGCUAACCAGCAGUAGUGGCGCAGUACGCUAACCAGUAGUAGUGGCGCAGUACGCUAACCAGUAGUAGUGGCGCAGUACGCUAACCAGUAGUAGUGGCGCAGUACGCUAACCAGUAGUAGUGGCGCAGUAAGCUAACCAGUAGUAGUGGCGCAGUACGCUAACCAGUAGUAGUGGCGCAGUACGCUAACCAGCAGUAGUGGCGAAGAAGUGGCGCAGUACGCUAACCAGUAGUAGUGGCGCAGUAAGCUAACCAGCAGUAGUGGCGCAGUACGCUAACCAGUAGUAGUGGCGCAGUACGCUAACCAGCAGUAGUGGCGAAGUACGCUAACCAGCAGUAGUGGCGCAGUACGCUAGCCAGCAGUAGUGGCGCAGUACGCUAACCAGCAGUAGUGGCGCAGUACGCUAACCAGCAGUAAUUGACUUAGUUUACCUCUACGGAAGUUUUCAUGCCCAGAACAUAGAUUGUCAAUAAAUUUUGCAUGAAAAUAAUCUGGAUGAAAUCAAAAUGUGC